AUGAAUAUGUUGGAGUCGUGGACAUGGGGCUCAGGCUGUGAGGUCUUCAUCCUUUCAACACUGGCAUCGGACAGCUUAGCUUUCUGGCGAGAAAGUGAAGUUGAUGCCAGGCAGGAUUCAGCAGCAUUUAUGCCUGGAGGCUCCUUGGACAUAGACAGUUUCGCCAGGCAUGGAGCGGACCAUGGUGCCGGUGAGCUGUCGGUUCGCAGCCUGAAUGGAAUAACUCGUGAUGGCUUGACCACAAAAAAGAUGCUGGAGACAAGGUUAAAAAAGUCUCGGCUUGCCGUCAAUGACGCGGCAGCUCAGGACGCAGCCAUUCUGCAGCAGCGUCUGGUCGGUCGAGAAGUGUGUCUCGCAGUCUCAGCCAUUCUCGCGCAGCAUCCUUCGGACGCCUCGAGGCAUGGCCCGGCGGCAGUUCGCAAUGCUGCCAGGGAAGCAGCACAGGCUCGCCAGAAGCCAGACACAACUGAAGAGGAGGCCAUCGCAAAGAAGUUGGUCGACCUGGAUAUGCCGCACUUAGAUCGGAUUACCAGCAUGUACAUUGGACAGAGCUUCGCCGACAUGGACGGUGAUGGCGAGAAAUCUCCAGAGGAGAUUCUCCCCACGCAAGAACUGGGCGGCCUCUUGAAACAAAACAACGGCGGCAUUGAGGUGAAUGAAGACGAGCUGGAAAGCCAGGAGUUGCAGCUGAUACAGACUGGCGAGGAGAUCGCUGUGCCAUUGCACCAAGUCUCCUGUGCGAAAUCCACGAAAAAUCAUGCAGGAUGCCAUUGCAUACUUCGCCAAGAGUGGAAGCGUUUCCAAAACAAAGUCGCGAACUUAGCUGAGCUUUUCCUGCGAGCACUUGACCUCUGCCUUCUCGAAGGCUCCUGUAUGCCAAUCGUGCUGAGAGCCAGCCUCAGCUUUCUCCAUGCAAAGAUCACAGGAGUUACUAAGUCGAUGCAAGAUGUCAAGAGCGAGCAUUUUGCUCCCUACGACUUGGUGGUUGUGCCGGAGGAUCAGGCAAAUGCAGGGUUCUUUUUGACAUUCUUCGUUGAAGACUCGACGGUAAAUCCCGAGUACUUUACCAUAUCCGCCACCGGCAUCGUGCAUGUUGCACCCGGGCAGCUCUCCGAGUGCAUCUCUUUGACCGACUGGAUGCAUCAGAGCCUCAUGUUCCGCGUGCUGCAGACGAUCAACUUUUUCAAGUUUUACAUGCACAAGAAGGUGAUCACACAAUGGUCUACGAACGCACGAUACGAGGUCUAUUGCCAUCACAGGCAGCGCCUCAGCAGGUGUUGCUUCUUUGCCAAGCCCAUGUUUGUGGACUCCUUGGUGCAGGUGAACAGCCUCGUGCGGGAAGUGGAAGAAGUGAAGGUUAUGCACAUUGACCAGAACUACUACACCAUUCAGGACCGCUCGCUGUUGUCUUGCUGGCCGAAGAAAUGCCAGUGA